AUGCAGCUAGAGGACAGAAAAGAAAACCGGCCGAGCGCAAGCGCAGAAGAAAAGACAAAAAAGAAAGACUUUGGGCUUCCUGCAGGUAUUGUGCAGCAGUUUGAGGCACGCGGCAUUGGGCGCGCGGAGCUUGCGAACAUGGAGAUAGACGAGAUUCUUGCGCAGAUGAAGCCGCUGGAGGGCAAGGCGCUGAACAAGGCCAUACAGACGAUUCUAAAGACCACGCACAAGAUCGAGCAGCUAAGAAGCCGGCUGCAGAUGGUCACCGGAUGGGCAG